AAUCGCUUACUCAAAAUCUGUUGGCACGUCAGAAAGUAAACACGUCGUAGGAAAUUGCUCUGUUCUAUUAGUUCUCGUCCGCGAUCGUUGUUUCAGUGCCCGUCUCUUGUGGGCAUUUCUACUUGUGUCGAUUGUGUCGAUCAGUGGAACCGUUAAAGUGCGCUAAUAGUAUCAAAAAUGAUUCGCCUAGGACAACUGGUGUUGCGUCAAAGCCAGAAGGUUAAGGGUACUGAAAUUCGAAGAUGUCUUUCGGCGGCCCCACAAUCCAAGCAGGCGGCGGAAACGCAACCAGCGGCCCCGGCCGAAGGAGAAAAGCGCCAAAAUAUGUCCUUCCUGACAAACAUCUUCCGUGGCGAGAUUCAGGCAGCGCAAGUGUUCCCCUACCCGGAAGCGCUGGAUGCCGAACAGAAAGAGUACAUCGCGGCGUUCGUCGAUCCGGUGAACAAGUUCUUCGAAGAGGUCAAUGAUCCCGCAAAAAACGAUACCAAUGCGAAGAUCGACGAACAAACCACCGAAGCGCUUUGGGAUCUCGGAGCGUUUGGACUCAUGGUUCCAUCGGAAUACGGUGGCCUCGGUCUCAACAACACACAGUACUCGCGGAUGUGUGACAUUAUCGGUGGUCAAGAUCUAGGGUUAGGAAUAUUCAUCGGUGCGCACCAGAGCAUCGGUUUUAAGGGAAUAAUGCUGUACGGUACCAAGGAACAGAAAGCGAAGUACCUGCCGAUGGUGUCUACCGGCAAGGUGUACGCUGCGUUCGCACUGACCGAACCAAGUUCCGGUUCCGAUGCCGGUUCCAUCCGCUGCCGGGCGGUGAAAUCGGCCGAUGGCAAGCACUACGUGUUGAAUGGUUCCAAAAUUUGGAUCUCAAACGGUGGCAUUGCGGACAUUAUGACCGUGUUUGCGCAGACCGAAGUGGUCGACCCGAAGACGGGCCAGAAGCGGGACAAAGUGACUGCGUUCAUCGUCGAGCGAGGCUUCGGUGGAGUUAGCAGUGGUCCACCGGAGAACAAGAUGGGCAUCAAAUGCUCGAACACGGCCGAGGUGUACUUCGAGGAUGUUAAGAUUCCGGCCGAGAAUGUACUUGGUGGCGAGGGUGAAGGGUUCAAGGUAGCGAUGAACAUCCUGAACAAUGGACGAUUCGGUAUGGCCGCUACGUUGUCCGGUACGAUGCGUGCCUGCAUUCAGAAGGCGGCGGAACACGCCACGAACCGGGUCCAGUUUGGGCGGAAAAUUGAAACGUACGGUGGAAUUCAGGAGAAGCUGGCCAAGAUGGCGAUGCACCACUACGCGACGCAAUCGAUGGCGUACAUGAUUUCUGGAAACAUGGACACCGGCUCGUUGGACUAUCAUCUUGAGGCGGCCAUCUCGAAGGUGUUUGCAUCGGAAUCGGCUUGGUUCGUGUGCGAUGAGGCUAUUCAGAUCCUCGGCGGAAUGGGCUUCAUGAAGGAUGCCGGUCUGGAGCGUGUGAUGCGCGAUUUGCGUAUCUUCCGCAUUUUCGAGGGCACGAACGAUAUUCUGCGCCUGUUUGUGGCCCUCACCGGUAUCCAGUACGCCGGUGGACACUUGAAGGAGCUGCAAAAGGCUUUCAAAAAUCCUGCCACCAACAUGGGCCUUAUCUUUAAGGAAGGAUCCCGUCGGGCGAUCCGUAGCAUCGGGUACGGUGGUACGGAUCUCAGCUCGUACGUGGCCGAUCCCCUGAAGGUCUCUGCCAAGCAGUGCUCGGAGUGUAUCGAUCUGUUUGGCCAAACGGUCGAGUCGUUGCUUAUCAAGUACGGAAAGAAGAUUGUUGACGAACAGUUCCUGCUCAACCGAUUGGCGGAUGCGGCAAUCGAUACGUAUGCCAUGGCCGUCGUGCUGUCGCGAGCAACCCGUUCCGUGCGGAAGGAUCUCCCUUCGGCCGAGCAUGAAGUAUUGAUGACCAAAGCAUGGUGUCACGAGGCUAGCGAUCGUGUGCGUGUAAACAUUCGCAAAAUCAACACCGAUUCGUUCGCGAAGAACUACGGACUGAUGUCGCAGAUUUCGAAAAACAUUUGCUCCAACAACGGUAUCGCUCACAAUAACCCACUCGAUAUUGAAUAG